AUGGCUGAAGGAGAAAUCCUUUGCUUUCCCGCUUUGCAGAAAUCCGUUAACCAAUUUAUCGAGGAACAGAAAAACAAACAAACGUUGUCGAAAGCUAGACGAAAUGUUGGCUUGCUCUCCGAGUUUCUGAAAUCCAAGCAAGGAAGCAGAAAAAUAGAAGAGAUUCACUCACAGGAACUCAAUGAUUUUCUGAGUAAGGUUAUAGUUACUGUUUCUGUUUAUAGUAACUGUUUCUACUGUAGUACGGAGCUAGAAAUGCAUCAAGCGAGUUCUUGACUCAUCCGAUGAGGACAGCCCGCCUGCUGUACCAUUUCAGUGACAAUUUUUUGUCAAAGCUUUUUAUUGAUAGUACUAGUCGGUGUUUUAGGAAUCAUUUAAUGAUGUAAUCAUCGUAGACAGUCUUGAGUCAGUAAAAUUUAUUUGGUUUGAGCUGGCCCUUGUUUCUUAAAUUCGUUGGUCAUUUUUUUCUAAAUAAAGAGACGUUUUCAUAAAUAAAAAGAAGAAAUGUUCACUCAGUACAUAUAAAAUAAAUAAAUUACUUCAUGGGCAGGGGGCUUGUACGGAAUUUUCACACUCGUUGUUUGUAUCAGAAAACGCACUCGCUCGCUGCGCGCUCGCUCGUUCGAUUUCUGAUACAUCACCAGCUCGUGCGAAAAUCCCGUACGCGCGCCCUUCCCCGCCCAUGAAGUAAUCUCUAUUUUUGCGAGUGAUCGAACAUGAUUCAUCAGUAAAUGAAAUGGAGUUCUGAGAGGGCAUGUCCGACUAUAAAAGUUACAGGGCUGUUUUUUUCACUCAGUUUACAAUAACACAUGGCUUGGUUGAGCUUAUUAUAAGGUAACCUCAACGAGAAGCGACGAAUAAAGCGCAAUGUACUUUUGAGUAUAUUUCAUUGCGCAUAUAAUUAUAGUAACGCAAAGGCUUCCCGAAAAAAAAUAUCAAGAACCUUUUAACCUUAAAAUUUGGGCUGAAAAGUUUGACUUCCGUAGAUUGCCGUGGAGGAUGCGAUUUUUAACGUUGUGCAAUCCUCUUUAAAGUGGCUUUCACUGAGAAUUCCUUGCUUGUCUAAGUUACUAGAAUGGGAAAUUGUUCGCCGAUUUGUAUAGGUAAUAGCAUGAUUUGCAGUGAUAUUUGGCAUAAAUACCACGAGCGAUAUUUCAAAUUCAUGAGCCCUUAGGCAAGUGAAAUUUGAGACAAUUUUGAAAUAUCACGAGUGGUAUUUAUGCCAAAUAUUACGUACAAAUUAUGCUAUUAUUUGCUUAUACUACUACCCACAAAAGGUUUGUAAUUUUUACAUGUAGGUAUUUCAAAUAAAGCUGAAAUACCACUGCUCUAAGCCAAUGAAAUUGCAGAAAUUUCUCAUCUAGUAGUAUAAGUAGCGAAAUGGCGACUGUGAUUAUCAAGUAAGGCAAACAGCAAUACUUACACUUUAAGACCACUUUCUUCAGGCUGUUAUGGUCAGAUAGGAUCUGUCCUAAGUCGAAGUCUUUCAGCCCAAAACUUACGCUUGACACUUUAAUGAAUCUGUCCUCGUGUUAGGAAAAUAUUUGUUAUUUUGCAUAUAACGGUGCAAUUGUGAUUAUAAUUGGUUACUGGCCCGGAAAAGCUGAUGCCAAACAACGGGCAAUAUGGGACGUAAUGACUAAAAUCCAUAUUGGUUCGUGAUCUGCCCACACAUUUUUUGCACGUAAUAUAUAUUGGAUUACUAACAUUUCCCGUUCUAGCUGAUCUGCACCAUAGUGCCGCCUGGUUAGCUUAAUGGGAGAGCGCCGGAUGGCUGAGCAGGAAGUCGUGGGUUCAAACCCUUGCCAGACCAACAGUCAGGGUCUUUAAAUUACUGAGAACAGCUCGGAGCCUAUGACAUAGGCUCCUGCUGAGAAAGUACUGCUUUUGUAAUGAAAUCUGCGAACGGUAAGUCCGUCUAAUCUUUUAGGAAAAGAACGGAAAACCGUAGGUCUCGUCCGACAGAACUUUUCACUUAGGGGGGCUUAAAAGAACCCACACCAUUGUUCGAAAAGUGUAGGGGACGCAAAUCCCGAUGGUGUGGCCAACCUUUUCUGGGCUGAGCGGGAGAGGCUGUAAUAUACCGAUAUACAGUGUAUAGGGAUAAACUCAUGAUCCUCCUUCAGGUGUCGUAAUGGCUACCUAUCAGUCUCUGGAAAAAUUAGUUCCCAUGUUCUCAAAAACGCUCUCCCUAUACAUUACAAGACCUUACAACUUGUUUGAUAUCUGAAAAGGUCUCCUAACUUUAAAGGACAAGAUAACCUUCAAAACAAAACUGUUAAUAUUAAUUUACAGAGAAGUUAAAAUUUACUAACUAAAGCUGUUGGACUCAACCGUCAAAAGCUCUAAAAUUUAACCGUCAUCCAUCAAAAUUAGAAAAAAUGAAAACUGCCAUCCGUCAAAGCUACCAACUACCAAACAAGACCCUAAUAUGAUAGGAUCAGACUCGGAUCAUGAUGCAUCCGAGGAUCCAUUCAAAGCGUUUAAAAGUAAUACAGAU